CUGCCCAAGCCCCUCUUCCCAGCCGGCAGAGCUGUUCAGCCCGCAGCAAGGGAGCGUGGGCGGGUGUGUGGGCAGCUGACAGCGCGGAGCUGAGUGCGCUCCCGUGCCCAGGCGGGAGGGAGAGAGCCGCGGCCGCCGGAGGGGCGGAGAGAGCGGGCGCGAAGGCGGCGCUGCUGCUGCUGCUGGGAGGGGGUUUGACAUCAGUUCCCCUGUAGGAGUUUCAGUAAAUGCCACAAGCCGAAGGCGCGGAGCCCUGGGCGGCGGCGGCUGCAGUUGCCCCCGGGGGAGCCGACCCGCCUGCCAGGGGGGAGCCCGGCCCCCGCCGCGGACAGGAGCCUGGGCGGCCCGGGCGCAGGCAGCCCACCUCCCUGCCGUGCAUGCGGCUCUGGAUCUCCUUCCCCUGGGUGCCGGGCUGAGGCGGGCGGGGGCCCCCCGACAUUCCAGGCGAGCGACCAGUCCCCGCAGCCCCCGCGGGGGGUCCCCUUGCUCCCGCUCCGGCCGGAGGCGGGGCGGGCCCCCUGGCCGGCCGGGCGGGCAGGAUGAGCGGCGGCCGCAGCGGCCGGGCGGCGGUGAAGAUGGAGGCCCCGUUCUACCCCGAGGAGGGGCUGGAGCUGCUGCCCGACUUCGUGUCGCUCCCCGGCUUCGGCAACGGGCUCGGGGCGGAGACGGCGGGGCACAAGCUGCUGCCCGGGGCCGGUAAGAAGCGGGAGAUGGCGGUGGCGGCCGCCUCCCCCGCGGCGCUGCCGGGGUCGUACACCCUGCGGCCGCCCGGCGGCACCCGGAGCGGCGCGGCGCUCAGGCUCAUCCCCGCCGCGGCGCCCCCGGGCUCGGCAGCGGGGGGAGGAGCCGGCGGCAGGGGCGGCCCGGAGGCGGCUCUGUUGGCCGCCGGGUCCCCCGCGGAGCUGCCGCUGCUGAAGCUGCCGCCGGCGGCGGACCUGGAGCAGCUGCUGAUCCAAGGCAGCCCGGGCCUGGGCCCCGCCAGCCCCUGCCCCGCCGCCGCCGCCCCGCCCCCCGCGGCCGGGCCCUUCCUCUACCGCCAGCAGGUGACGCAGGAGCAGGAGGGAUUCGCCGACGGCUUCGUCAAGGCCCUGGCCGACCUGCACAAGCAGAACCAGCUGCUCGGGGCGCCGCUCUCCCCGGGGCCCUGCCGGCCCGCCGCCGACCCGCCCGCCGUCUAUACCACCCUCGGCAGCUUCCAGCCGGCCGGGCCGCUCAGCCCCGCGGGCGGCACCUACUCCGCGGCCCCGCCGGGCCUGCCCUUCUCCUCCCCCGCCCCGCCGGGGCUGGGCAGCGGCCGCCUCCCCGCUCCCGGCGCCGCCAGGGCCCUGGAGGAGCCGCAGACCGUGCCCGAGGCGCCCCCGCCGGGCGAGGCCGGCACCAGCGGCCCGACGCCGCCCUCGCUGUCGCCGCUGGACGCGGAGAGCCAGGAGCGGCUGAAGGCCGAGCGCAAGCGGCUGCGGAACCGCAUCGCGGCCUCCAAGUGCCGGCGGCGGAAGCUGGAGCGGAUCGCGCGGCUGGAGGAGAAGGUGAAGGCGCUGAAGGGGCAGAACGCCGAGCUGGCCGCCACCGCCAGCCUCCUGCGGGCCCAGGUCACCCAGCUGCAGGGCCGCGUCCGCAGCCACCUCUCCAGCGGCUGCCACAUCAGCGCCGCGGGCCCGCCCGCCCCGCCGCCGCCGCCGGAGGAGCCCGCCGCGCCGGAGACCAGCGCCUGCUGAAGCCGCGGGCCGGAGCGGGACAGAGACCGAGGCGCCUGCCCGGGGGAAGGGGGCGACCCCCCAGCCCCGCGCCUCACACACGUGCGCCCGUCGCGGCUCGGAGACUGGACCCGGGGACGGAGCGGCCGCGAAAACACGUGCGAGUCUCGCCUCCUCGUUUCCAAACCGGCCCCCCCCCCGGCGCUUUGCACGGCGGCUCGCCUGCCGGGGAGGAGCCAGAAGCCCCCGGCCCCAACGCGCUGCCGCGGCGGCGAAGGAAAGAUCUUCGAGUUUCCAGAGUCGUCUUAAAACAUUCCGGAGUCGGUUUGGGGAUUUGAUCGUGGGGGAAGCACUAGAGCAUUGCAGGGGAGACGUAGGGAUUCACAGGCUCGAGAUUUAUUGACCAAUAGAUAAUUUUAAGUACCUAGAUUGAAGGUCCCUCUUUCUUUAAUAAUGCCUGGAAAGGAAGCAAAGGACAAAAGUCAGGUAUUAAACGUCUUGUAAGGUAUAUUUUAUGUUGCACUGAGUACAAAACGGUUUUAUAUUGGGUAUUUAACGUUUAAAGCUGACUUCAAGAGAAAUUCCUACACUUCAAAGUGAAGGGUGUUUGGGGGUUGUUUUUUUCAAAGUUCAAGGGAAGAACUUGAAAGAGCUGUAAAGAUUUCAGAACUAAAAUAACCCCUGUUUACAGAGAGUCAACUUUAUUUUCCUGCAAAAGGCAUAAUUCUUAAUACACCUUAAUAUAGUGUGUAGUGAUGGUUCAAUAUGUUUAUUCAGAGCUUGGAAAAAAGCUGAAAUUACACAUUUUUUAAAGUGUGUAAUGUGUGUAUAGAAAACAAAAUGUGGCAAUGGUAUUUCUUGGUAUUGAGGAGAAUUUUUUUGAAAAGAUUGUUUUGCUGCAGAGUAGCUUUUAAUUUGCAGCUGGCAGUUAAGACAUGCAAGUAAAGCACUUGAAUGGGCCUAGUUUUAAAAUCUAGUCUUAGCUGAGAGAGAUUCUGCCAGGUAACUUAGGUUAGAAUGAACCAUAUUUAAUUACAGAUUCAACUGUAAGAAAAUACUCUUAUAGAUCAUAAGCUCCAUAUUAUUUCUUGUGCUAGUGUAAACUUGGAGCAUUGAUAUAUUUAUUUAUUUAUUGAAACUUGAAACUUUUUUGAUGUCGCCUAAACCUUAUUUUUAUAGCAAACGCAUCUGGAAGAAAUUAAUUUGGCAGAAGAGUGUCAUUUAUGCCAUUUCUUUCACUGUGCACAUUCCAGUUCUGCUUGCUCUUUAUGGGGUAUAGUAGCAAUUCAGUGCUAGCCAGAAAAGGGCUCAGGUUGUUUUUUAGCUCAAACAUUUAUUUUAUGGUAACUCCAUUGUAUUAUGUUUGAAUAAAUCAUAGAAACACAAUAGGGAACUAGAUUUAUUUUUUCAGAAGAAAUAUGUAAACAAUAUUUUCUUGUUCUAUUUUAUUCUAAACACAUUUUUCUAGUUGUCUAGGGAAGGGAAGAGUCAAAAGUCAGAAUGUGAGAUGAGUUUCUGGGUGGAAGAGUCCAGUAUGAUUUAUUUAUUUAUUUUUUGCCUAGAUUUUACUAAUAAGGGAUAGAAAAAGAAUGGUUUUCUCUGCUUAGACUUAAUCCUUACUUUUGGGGAUUCUCUGGAUAAAUAGCAAAAACCAUGUUAUGGGUAGUUUUUCUCUUUUACUACCCUUUGAUAUGCAUGUUUUGAGCGCUUCUGUAAAUCAAGGUUUAUUCAGUCUUGUGGUUUCAUACAAUUAAAUUUUCAUUUUCAGCAUGAACUCUGAAGGUUCACUCAACAAGAAACCCUGUAAGGCCCUGAUCCUGGAUCUGCCCAUACGCAGAACCACUGAAGUCAGUGGGGCUCAGCAUGAGCAGACCCAGUUGCAGGAUGGGGCCCACCAUAGUCUUUGGAAAAUAUCUUAACUAAUAUAGUUUGUUUUAUAAACAUGAUCAAUUAAACCAAUUCCAUAACUGUUUUAUAUCAUCCAUGUCCUCUUCUGAAAGCUACUUCAGCUAUGCUUUGAAAUGCACGAAGUGGAAUUGAUAUGCAUACAAUGUUUUUUGCUUGUAAAGAGAGACUUGUGAGCGGGUUAACUUAAAAUAGCAUAAUUGUUAAUGUAAACUGGUAAUGUAAAUUGGUAAUGUAAAUGUAAAGCGAGGCUUCCCCUUGUCAGGCCUGGGACACACACUUAGCACAGAUGACUUCAAUGAGUAGUGGAGAUGCAAACCACAUUAAUCAUUUAAAAACUGAGUAAAGUUGUAGCAUAGCCAGAGCCAAAAUGAAUGAUUUCAGUGAUAGUCUAAAACUCCCUUCUUCUGUCCUAAGAAUUAUGUAUUAGAAAUACUAGCGAACAAAUGCAGUGCCGCUUAACUCUUACAAAGCAACUACACCGUAAAGAUCUUUUGCUACGCGUUCAGUCAGUUUCACCAGACUAAUAGAAUUCAACCAGUAGUAAUGUGCCAUAUCUGGCAAAAUGUGUUAAAAAUAAACCAGUGCUUGGUUCAUGAAAAACUGUGCAUGUAUUUGCAAAGGUGAUGGUGCAGAAGUAGAGAAUCGAUUAAUUUUUCACACUUAAACACAAGCUUUACAUAAUGAAGGAAGAAGGUAACUCUACUUGGUAAGCAAACUUGCAUUGAGUGCUCUGCACUGGCAGUGUUCCUACUUCAUUAAUGGAAAAUAUACUAAGUAUUUUGAUGAUACAGCACAGUGGUCAACUUGUGUAGUUUCAAAUGAAAGUGGGGGAGGUAGGUGAAGACCUUCUAGCAGCACCUGAGGAAAAGGUUGAAAAACACCUGACACUUGCUGCAAUCUAGUCCAUUUUGUAGGUGCUCUUUGCGCCUCAGAAGUAUUUAAAGAUAUAGCUUUAAAGGCCCUGCAUAUCAUUUCCGAUAGGGUUAGUUCACCAAUAUCUAGAGAAGGGGAUGAGUUUCACAAAGAGAAAUCACCACAACCUUGCUUCCAAAAUGGUGGCAGAAUUAUAAUAUGGGGCCAAUGAGGAGCCCCUCCAGCAUAGCACUAAUAGGGCUACAAAACAUCACUUGGUUUCUUUCUCCAGUGAUACCUCCGCAAUUUGUGGAGCUACAUGGCAUGUUAUUCUCACCAAAGUCUUACUCGACCUCAUCUUGAAUGUCUGCAGUUUUGGUUUUAUGACUACCUCCUUAAGUCUGUUCUUCUACCAUUCUUUUUAGCUUGUAAUAUUAAGCCUAAGCUUUCUUUACUUCAGUCCAUUGUUGCUUGUUGGACCAUCUUUUAAAAUGUUAUAAUACCCUGUUAAUUCCCCAAGUGUUCUUUUUAGAUUAUAUAUAGCUCCCUCAGUCUUUCACGUCAUCUGAUCCUUGUAUCAUUUUUGUUGCUUUUUGUAUUUCUCCUAGUUUUUCUUCAUUGUUCCUGAAUUUUCAGAACCAAUAAAGUGCACAGUGCACCAAGUACAGUCUCGUUAGGCCAUUUUAGACCUUGAUAUUUGGUAAAAUUUUCAAAACCACUUAAGUGACUUGGGUGUUUACAUCCUGUUUUCAGAAGUGACAAGCACUUAAAAGCCUAAUUCUCAUUAAAAGUCAGUUGAUUUUAAAUGAGACUUCAGGACUAUGAAAAUUUUACCUAUCCACCUAGACUUAAUCUGAUCUCUUCACACAUAUUCCUGAUACUGACUGUUCAAGCAAAAGAUUCUCGUAUCUGCAAUUUAUCAUCACUACCAGUCAGUCUUGCAUUGUUUUCUAGACAGUUCCAAUCUCUCUUGGUCACUCUGCUUGUGUGUUUGUGUUUCUCAUCAGCAAAUUUGAUUGCAGUUUAGUUGACAUCUUCCUUAAGAUAUAGAGUAUAAAAGUAUUACUCUGCGCUAAAAAGCAUUGGUCCAUGGUAUUUAAUUUGUACUUAUGUUUGGAAUAUCUUUGUGUCUAGGUGCUACAGAAAGGUGGUGGUAGUUCACUUGAUGACAUUUAUUCUUCUGAUAUAGUGUUGAACCCAACAUCCCAUGGAUGGUGAGAGGAGUACUUGUGGUUAGGAAUUCCUGUUCAAUCCUACUUUCCUCUGGUGGGGUGGGAGCUAUUGGCAACUGUUCUACUGCCCACGCUGACUUGGAGUAUGGAAACCAUAUUCUUCUGCUAAUAAUUUGUUGUUCCAUUCCUAGAAGAGCUGUUUAAUUCACUCCUCACUCAGAAUGUGUAGUAACAUCAUCCAGUUUCAUCAGCUGGCCUGACCCAUCAGCAUGGUUGUUACAGGAUUCCCGUAAUGGGUUUUUCCCCUCCACUUCUAGGUAUAAACUGCAUCAAGUUCAGAUGUGGAAUCCAAACACUAUUGUUUGUUUGUCUAAUUCUAAUAAAUGUGUUUUGUUCUAGUUCUGUUUCCCCUGUUCCUUAGUUAAAGGGAAAGAGUGAAAAGACUAACUGAAUUGUGGUGAUGGUAAAUAAAUAGAUGGCAUUUUUCUCUUAGUUCAGUACUGAGCUAAUGUUACAGUGCAUUGCUGGGAUUAGCUGUUCUGUUGGAGGUCCUAUCUGCCAGAAGAGGCAUAAAGACAAUGUCUUGAGUAGCACUUAAAAUUUAGGUGGCAUAGAUCUGAUGCUCAUAGUUUGGCCAACCAAACCUCUGGUGUAGACGUAACUAGGCUAAUGGAAGAAUGCUUCUGUCAGCCUAGCUUCUAUUACUCACAGGGAGGUAGAGUUCUGACCUAGAGCAUCAAGAAAAAACCCUUUCAGUGCUCUAGGCUCCAUCUACACUAUGGAGUUAUGCCAGCAUAUCUUCAGGGCUGUCGCUAUGCUGCACUGUAGUCCUUUUUGCAUAGAUAUGGCCUAUGGCACUAAAGAUCCCAUGGCACUUUCCCAAGAGUAUGGGGUGUCUUGUCAAGACACAGGUGUUUAAUUACAACUUGAGCAAUUACAUUCUGCAUACCUAAAAUUCCUACUCCAUUUUCAAUGAUACAGACUAUUCUGUCAUAUACCAACAUUGACUAGAGAAGAGCACUGCUACAGCAGCUAUCAUUUCACCUCAGUGGUGGCUGCAUUUCAGUGUUUGGGUGGAGGAGUCUUUAAAUAUCACUUAUAUCUUCAAUUAAAUGAUCCUGUCUCAUCGUAAAAUGUUGUUUGAAUAGGUCCCAAUAUUAAACCCUGAAUUAUCCCACAUGAUGUGAUUGUCAACAUAGCAAUCUUGCUAUGAACUGCUUCUUAUCUUAUUUGGCAAUCAAUUUCUAAUCCAUGGUAUGGGAUUUUUAACUAAUGAUAUUUAUUCAGUUAUCCUAUAAGAUUAUUCUGGGCAUUGAUAGUCAAAUAUACACUACAUCUCCUUUAUGUCCUAAUCAUUAGUUAUACUGCAGAUGGUAGUUGGAUUGCCAUGACAUAACUAAACUUUAUAUAUUGAUUCCUGUCUGAAUGUAUUCCUUGUAUAGAUGCCUGCCUAAUAAACCAACAGUUUCCUAGGGUUUUUACUUCAUAUUCUUAAAGUUAUUUUCAGAGUUCCUGAAACUUCCUCUGCCGUUUCUUCAGUGCAUUUUGUCCGGGCCUCCAGACUUACUUUUUUCACCAUCAAUUUUUAUAUAUAUAUAUAUAUAUAUAUAUAUAUAUAUAUAUAUAUAUAUAUAUAUAUAUAAAGUUAUUUUUGAUGAUACUUUUUUCAUCAUCUUUGUUUACACCUCCAACUACUGUCUCUAGCAAUUUCACUGUUUCUUUCACAGGAUUUUCUGAUUUCCUUCCUCUUAUCCCUUUUUCAUUGAAGCUAAGUACACAUUUGACAAAUACUCGAUUUGUGCAGCAACAUUGCCAUUUUCCAAGUAUUUUUAUUUGGUUAAAUAGUAAAGUGACCAAGAACAAAAUCAUCUGCCUAUUAAUCUGAUCACCAAGGAGGAGAGUACGUUUGUCAUCAACGUUGAGCACAGUGGCUUGAUAGGCUAUUCAGAUAUACAGAAUCUGGCAGGCAGCCUCCCUUUUAAAAACAUGUAGGAGGAUGAGCAAGGGAAAGUGAAGUCUUGAUUGGGCAGCUUUCAAUGUGUGAAGAUAAUCCUUCAAAUGCUGACUGCAAAGCCCCAAUUUCUUUCUGCAAUGCAACCUUGGGUGCAGUAAGUCCUAACUCUGUGGUACUAAUUACAUGACAACUACUCCUGUGAUUCACUGAAGAAACUUCUCGAGUUGAAUUACAUAUUCUCAAA